AUGGGAGAGGCAGUAAUAGAGCCUGCCCUGGUGCAACGGUGGGUUGUCAGAUUGAAUCAGAAUUACAGAUAUAUUCUUUUCACUCCUAUAUUUCAGGGCAGCACAUUUACCAAGUGGGUCAAGGCAAACAUCAAGAAGAAGGAGUGCUGUUUCUAUGUGGAAGAUGUCAGGUACUGCAUUUGUAAGUGCGGCUAUAAAAAGUCUGACCACACUGAUGAAGCUCAGAGAAGAUCAGAGACAUCCAUGGGUGCGCUGUGGGACAAGCAUAAACAUAUACGUGAGGUGCCUACUGAUGCAUUUGGUGAAAUAGACUUUGGAGGACUGGGUCAGAAAACAAGCAAGUAUGUUCGAGUGUCCUCAGAUACCAAUCCGGAGACUCUGUAUGAGUUGUUGAUUACACACUGGAAACUGCAGCCUCCUAAUCUGCUGAUAUCAGUCACUGGUGGAGCUAAAAAUUUCCAAAUGAAAGACCAUCUGAAGAGGACGUUUCGCAAGGGCCUGAUUAAAGUGGCUCAGACUACAGGUGCGUGGAUCAUCACUGGGGGCACCAACACUGGGGUGAUGAAACAUGUCGGGAUGGCCGUCCAUGAACACACUGUGAGAAACGGUUCCUCCGACCGCCAGAUUAUGACCAUCGGCAUGGCAACCUGGGGCAUAGUGCACAACAGGGAUUCUCUGAUCCACAGCGGGGGUUACUUCCCUGUCAGUUACUCACUGGAUGAAACGAAUCAGGGGCGGCUUUCCCUUCUGGACAUUAAUCACUCUCACUUUCUGCUGGUGGAUGAUGGGACACAUGGACAGUAUGGGAAGGAGAUCGAGCUGCGUAGCCGGCUAGAGAAGCUCAUAUCCGAAAAGCCCCUGGGAGACAAAGACAGUGUUGUAAAGGUUCCUGUGGUAUGUGUGGUGUUGAAUGGUGGACCAGGGACUCUAAAUACUAUUUAUAAUGCCAUGCUCAACAAAACUCCCUGUGUGGUCUUGGGGGGUUCGGGGAGAGUGGCAGAUGUCAUCGCUGAGGUUGCCAGUCUGCCUGUGUACCAGGUCACCAUGGCUCUCAUCCAGCGACUGAUGAAGAAAUUCUUUGGCCAGGAGAGUGACAAGUUCUCUCAGCUGAACUUGAUUGAGUGGACCAAGAAGAUUCAAGACAUAAUUAGAAUGCCCCACUUACUGACUGUGUUCCACUAUGAUGAGGGAAAAAAACAGGAUGUGGAUGUAGCCAUUCUUCAAGCUUUUUUGAAAGCCUCUAGGAGCAGUGAAAGUUUUGGUCAGCAAAGCUGGGUCCAGCAGCUGGAACUGGCUGUGGCCUGGAACCGCGUUGACAUUGCAAGGAGUGAGAUCUUCACUGAAGUGAGCCAGUGGAAGCCCACUGAUCUGCAUCAGGCCAUGUUCUCUGCGCUGGUGGGCCAUAAGCCUGAGUUUGUGCGGCUGUUGUUGGAGAACAAUGUUUCUUUUGGCAAGUUCCUGGAAAAGGAGGACCGUUUGUGUGAUCUCUAUGCCAAAAUGCCACACUGCCUCUUUCGGAAAAAGCUAGAAAAGCGUCUUCGAGAUGAUAAAAGUGGCUCAAAUAAACUCUCCCUCAGUCAUGUAUCAGACGAGGUGCGCCACCUACUGGGGAGUUUCACACAGCGGCUCUAUCCUAUUUCCACGACCCAGCGCAGUGAUGUGCGUGGAGUCGCCACCAUCCGACAGAAAGUGAAGCACAUUGAGGUGCCAUGCUACUCAGAGGACAGCAAGACCAUGGACACUGUGUGUGAUCCAGGCAGAGACCUGUUCCUUUGGGCCAUCGUGCAGAACCAGAAGGAGCUGGCUGAGAUCAUCUUUGAUCAGUGCAGAGAUUGCAUUGCAGCAGCUCUGGCAGCCAGUAAGAUUCUGAAGAAGCUUGCACAGGAGGACGAGAGUGAGGGAGAUGAGUCAGAAGAGAUGAGAGAACUGGCCAACCACUAUGAGAAACAUGCUAUUGGUGUGUUCUCUGAAUGUUACAAAUGGGAUGAACAGCGGGCUCAGAAGCUGCUGGUCAGGAUUUCACCCUCCUGGGGCAAAACCACCUGUCUACAGUUGGCUCUGCAGGCCAACGACAAGAGCUUUGUGGCCCAUUCAGGGGUUCAGGCUCUCUUAACCCAGAUCUGGUGUGGAGAGUUGGCCGUUGAUAAUCCACUGUGGAAGGUGGUGCUCUGUAUGUUCUUCUUUCCUCUGGUCUACACAGGCUUCCUGACCUACAGAUCAUCUCUGGAACCUUUGACCUGCUCAUCCAGGCUAGUGGGCCUGUUCACCUCUCCUCAGGUGAAAUUCUACUGGAGCAUAGCAUCUUAUUUUGGCUUUCUGUGGCUCUUUGCCUUUGUGCUGAUGAUUGACUUCCAGGACACUCCAUCCUGGAAAGAGCUCCUGCUCUACGUGUGGCUUGUAUCACUUGUGUUUGAGGAGAUUCGACAGCUUUUCCAUAUGCCUGAUCAAUCUGGAUUUCGAAGGAAAGCGAGAAUGUACAUCAGUGACAUCUGGAACAUUCUUGAUGUGCUCUCCAUACUACUGUUCAUCAUUGGUCUAGCUUUGAGGCUCCAGCCCAAUGACUCAUUGUUCUAUGCAGGCAAAGUUAUCCUCUGCAUUGACUUCAUCAUAUUUGCCCUGAGACUGAUGGCAAUCUUCACUGUUAGCAGAACUUUGGGCCCUAAUAUCAUCAUCGUCAGGAGAAUGAUGAAGGAUCUGUUCUUCUUCUUGUUUUUGUUGAGUAUCUGGAUUGUGGCCUAUGGAGUGGCUGUACAGGGCAUUCGAGUCCACAACGAGGUGCGGCUCGACUGGAUAUUUCGGGGUGCUGUCUAUGAGCCCUACCUCAUCAUAUUUGGAGAAUUGCCAAAGAGCAGUGACAAUGCUGAGUUUGACAUAAGCACUUGUAGUGUGGAUGGUACAGACCCUCUGAAACCCAAAUGUCCUGUACUGAAUGAAAACAACAUGCCUGCAUUCCCUGAAUGGAUGACUAUUAUUCUGCUUAGUGUUUAUCUGCUAUUUUCCAACAUACUGCUUCUUAAUCUACUAAUUGCCAUAUUCAACUACACGUUUGAGGAGGUGCAAGACAACACUGACAAAUUCUGGAAGUUUCAGAGGUACGAGCUGAUAAGAGAGUACCACAGCCGACCUGCAGCACCACCUCCCUUCAUUUUGUUCAACCACCUCUACCUUUUCAUCCGAAAACUACUCCUGUGUCGCCCUCUGCAGAAUGACGACCAUUUCAGUAUAGAUCUGCCCAAAGAAGAGGAAGAACUGCUGUUGUCAUGGGAAGCCCUCAUGAAGGACAAUUAUUUGGCAUCUAUGCAUCAGGACAGCAGUCAGAGCAUGGAACGCCGUAUCCAGGAAACGGCUGAAAAGGUCGGCACCAUGUCAGAGUUGCUGGAGAGGGAGUGGGGGCAGGACAGUGCAUCUGAGAUCAUACAGAGGAGGCUGACUCAGCUGGAGGAGCAGGUCUCCCAGUCACUCCAGUGGAUAAUGGAUACACUCAGAUCUCAAGGUUUCAAAUCAAAAGAGGACCCUCCAGUAAUGUGUAAGUGUAAAAGCACCUCCCUAGAUGAGUCAGAUGGGCAGGAGACAGAUCAAGUGAAGGCCCAGUAUCACAUACUUGCACGAGAGCUCCGGUACCCUGACAGCAAAGAGCCUCGCUUCCCUGUCCCAGAGGAGAAAGUGCCCUGGGAGGUGGACUUUAGCCUUUACAAACCUCCAGUUUACAAAAAAGAGCAGAUCAAUGAAUCAGAACUUGCUUCUUUAGACAACUACAGAAAUCCAAAUGGCCGGACUGGAAUGAGGGGGAAAGGAGUGCUUAACAACUUGGGUCCAAAUCGUGGGGUCGACCUAAUUCUCACUCGGUGGCGUAAUAGUGACCGCUCUGCUCUUGAGUUCCUGGCUGUUUGGGAUGAGCCUGCACACCAGUGGGCAUUUCCUGCAUCUGAUGGAUCCAUACCUGAAAUGCUGCUGAGUCUACUGGGCACAGAGCUGUAUCAGAAGAUCAAAGCAGAGGUAGAGGACCCAGCCCAGAGAAAGAAGGUUGAUGAAGUUUACAUUGAUGAUGUUCGGAACACUGAUAAUGCUUGGCUUGAAAGAUCUAUCAUCAACAUUCACGUAACCAGUUGGCAAAGCGGUGGUCAAGAGACUGAGUCACUGCAGUGGAAGGAGGUGAGCAGAAGUACAGCGGUGUGCGAGUACCAAAGAGAGGCUCUCCGGAGAGUUGCUCAAGACAACAAUAUUCCUUUCUGA